AUGCCUAUUACUCGCUCACAAGCGAAUGGCCUAACGCUACAACCGACUUCUGAGCCUAUUGCUCUGGUGCACUCUAAGAAGAUAGACAACCAGGAACUGGAGGGAGAGAGGAUAAAGACAGGAAUAACGGGGAAGCCCACAACGGCAAAGGAGACAAAUCUCUUAAGUGAGGAGGAGAUUAAUCAAAUGGCGGAACAAUACGCCAGUGUGGACUUCGAUAUGGAUGAGGAAAUUUUGAAUGACGAUGAUCUGUUAGAUGAAGUAAUGGAGGAGGAUAUAGUGAUUCCAGAGACGCAAGAAGUCGGACGAGAGCAGGAAGAGUUCAAUGUCGUCUUGACCGGGCAGUUGGGAAUGAAGAUUGACACCAACUGUUUUCCCACACGCUUUAACCACGCGGUACAUGGAGCCUGGGAUGCAGCUAACCUAGACAGAGACGCGACCCUGUGCGACAAGAUAAAGGAGAGCCGAAAAGCAAUCUCUAGAUGGAAAAGAAGUAACGUCACCAAUAAUGCAAAGCUCAUCGAACAACUCAAGAAGGAACUGGACAGGGUGAAGGGUGACGAAAACAUUACGAGCGAGGAGGAGCUGGAACUUAAAUGGAAGCUUUGUGCAGCUUAUAGAGACGAGAAGCUGUACUGGAAGCAAAAAAGCCGAGCACUCUGGUUACGAGUAAGAGACAGAAAUACUAAAUACUUCCAUGCGAAAACUAAACAGCGUCGGGCUCGCAAUAUGAUUACACAGAUAAAAAACUCAAUGGGCCAGUGGGUAGAGACGGAGGAUGGUAUAGAGAUGGUGGCGACAAAAUACUUCCAACAGCUAUUCUCUUCUUCGAACCCGACUACCGCGACAGUUAGUAAUGAUAUGAACCAACAACUACUGAGAAUCCAUCGGGAUGAGGAGAUAAAGGAAGCAACCUUUGCAAUAAAUCCAGAGAAAGCACCAGGGCCAGACGGGAUGACGAGUCUCUUUUACCAACGUUUCUGGAACAAAAUUGGGCACGAUGUAUGCAGCAUGGUUCAAAACUUCUUUGAGACUGGAGAACUCGACGAACACCUAAACCAGACGAACAUCUGCCUUAUCCCAAAGACAGACAUGCCGGCAACCAUGGCAGAGUUCAGACCGACCAGCUUGUGCAAUGUAGGAUACAAGAUUAUCUCGAAAAUCAUAUCCACGAGAUUAAAGCGUAUCCUUCCGGAACUGAUUUCCGAGACUCAAUCAGCAUUUGUGGCAAAAAGGCUGAUAAUAGACAAUAUCCCUGUAGCACAAGAAAUGUUCCAUACCCUCCGAACAAACCCCAUCUGUAAAGGAAAAUUUGUAGCAAUUAAAACUGACAUGAGUAAAGCUUAUGAUAGCAUGGAAUGGAGCUUCAUGGAAGCUUUACUUAUGAAACUGGGAUUCGAGCAGCAGUGGGAAAGAAUGAAUAGAAGGAUCAAUAAUUGGUUCAGGAGGCUGUUAUCACGCGGAGGGAAAGAGGUACAGAUCAAAUCGGUUGCACAAGCGACCCCCUCCUACGUUAUGUCUUGCUAUCUUGUUCCGCAGGGAGUAUGUAAAAAGCUUUCCGCCACAGUGGCGAGGUUUUGGUGGAGUACAAGAGAUAAUAAUCGAGGGAUUCACUGGAUUGCUUGGGAUAAAAUUUGCGUUCCCCUGGGGAAAGGAGGUUUGGGUUUCCGAGAUUUUAGAGAUUUUAAUCUUGCCUUAUUAGCGAAGCAGGUAUGGCGCUUGUUGGUAUUCCCGGACUCUCUGAUAGCACGUGUACUCAAAGGUCAAUAUUAUCCUCACUCGAACCCUCUCCGUACGGUAUGGGAAGAUGCUUGGAUCACCUUAGAAGUUGCAAGACCAGCAAAAAAUGCUCACGCGGAGUUCGACCCUGAUCUAAAGGUCCAUCACUUAAUAAAUUUUGAUACAAAAGAAUGGGAGGAGAACCUUAUUUCGGAGGUGAUUCAUGCUGAUGAUAUCCCACGAAUUUUGGCAAUCAAGAUAAGCAAAACAGGACGAAGUGAUGACUACUGCUGGAAGCACACAAAGUCUGGACACUAUUCAGUCAAAUCAGGAUAUGAUAUCGCAGUGGAACAGAGGAGGAAGCAGAGCUUUAACCCCAUAGUAGAACCCAUCAUAACACCCCUGAAGCAACAAGUGUGGAAACUAAAAACGACAAGGAAGAUAAAGCACUUCCUAUGGCAAGCCCUGACGGGCUGUGUUUCUUCGGCGAGUAAGCUGGUUGAAAGACAUUGCGGUACAGACGCAUCGUGCCAACGGUGCGGAGCUACGAUCGAAAAUAUAAACCAUAUACUCUUCGAGUGUCCACCAGCCUUUCAAUGUUGGCUCCUAACGCCAAUCCCAUCACCUCCGGGGCUAUUCCCGUGUACCUCCCUAUAUGCGAACUUUGAAUAUCUACUGCAACAUAUGGCGACAGAGAAUCGAGUAAAUGGCUUCUCAAUGUUCCCAUGGCUGAUAUGGUAUGUGUGGAAGGCAAGAAAUGAAAAGUGUUUCAAUGGAAAAUGCAUCUCACCACUGGAUACUCUUCAGCUAGCUUCGCAAGAAGCGGAAACAUGGAAAGUGGCGCAAUUUGGAGAAGUGAUGGAAGAAGAGGAAGAACCUCCGAUGCAGAGACAACAUCCCUUACUGCCGGCACAGACAUGA